AUUUCUUCCAAUAGGCAAAUAGUCCAACGGCCUAAUCAGACGAGAUCUCUCUAUACUGUUGGGUGUUGGCAUUGAACUCAAAGAAGAUUGGUCACCUACUCUCAACGCCCAAGUCAAUUUCACCUGCAUAUCGAGAGGAGAAGAGAGAUAUUGAUCGGAAAGAGGAUGAUGAACUUGGUGGUGCUGUUGGCGCUGGUGUCUGCUGCGGCGGUGCUGCCAACCGGAGAAGCGCUGUGGCUAGACUUGCCGAGCUCGGGAACCAAGUGUGUAUCAGAGGAACUCCACAACAACGUCGUCGUUUUGGCGGAUUAUUACAUCAUUGGCGAUGAGGAGCAUAAAGUAGUCCCUACCUUCUCCGUCAAGGUGACAUCGCCAUAUGGAAACAAUCUCCACCAUCAAGAGAAUGUUACACAUGGUCAAUUUGCCUUUACAACAACUGAGUCUGGUAACUACCUCGCAUGCUUCUGGAUGGAUGGGAAUUUACCAGUGAGUAAGGGUGCAACUGUUGGUCUUGACUGGAAGACAGGAAUUUUUGCUAAGGAUUGGGAAUCAGUUGCAAGGAAAGAGAAAUUAGAAGGUGUCAAUAUUGAGUUGAUGAAACUUGAAGGAUUGGUUCAAGCCAUCCAUGAAAAUCUGAACUAUCUGAAGGAGAGGGAAGCGGAGAUGAGGGAGGUGAGUGAGAGAACCAAUGCGAGAGUGGCUUGGUUUAGUAUAAUGUCCAUUGGUAUCUGUAUAGUUGUUUCACUUGUGCAAAUAUGGCGUUUGAAGACCUUCUUUCAAAAGAAGAAGCUUAUCUAAAGUUCAAGCUUCGACCUUUUCUCUCACAGAGAGAAUCUCAUAGGCUGAUUUUCAACUUGUCCCCAACUAAAUCUGUAUCAUAUACAAUUGUAUACUCUACACACUAUCGCCUUUGAUAGGCUGAGCUUUGUAACCACAGUGCUACUGUGCUAGCAUGUCAUAUUUCAUCAAAGCUGCAGGGAAAGGAAUUGGUUGGCCCUUGUGAGGUUUCAGUGUAUGCUUUAGAAAACCAAAUUCUUUUUAGAAUUCUAAUUACAAGAAAUUUUCAUCUCCAUUA